GCCGGAGUCUCCGGAGCGGGAGCAGAAUGGAGCCCCCGCGCGCGCCCGCGCUGCUGAUGGUGCUGCUGCCGCUGCUGCUGCUGCUGCCCCCCUGUGCCUGGGGCAAGUACGUGCGGGGCAACCUCAGCUCCAAAGAGGACUGGGUAUUCCUGACAAGAUUCUGCUUUCUUUCCGAUUAUGGCCGGCUGGACUUCAGGUUCAGAUAUCCUGAGGCCAAGUGCUGUGAGAACAUCCUCCUCUACUUUGAUGACCCUUCCCAGUGGCCCGCAGUGUACAAGGCCCAAGACAAGGAUUGCCUGGCCAAAGAGGCGGUCAUUAGGCCUGAGAACAACCAGGUGAUCAACCUUACCACCCAGUACCCCUGGUCGGGCUGUCAGGUGGUAUCUGAGGGGGGUGUCCGCUACCUCAGCUGCUCCAGCGGCCGGAGCUUCCGCUCAGUGCGAGAGAGAUGGUGGUACAUCGCCCUCAGCAAGUGCGGGGGGGAUGGGCUGCAGCUGGAGUAUGAGAUGGUGCUGACCAAUGGCAAGUCUUUCUGGACCCAACACUUCUCAGCUGAUGAAUUUGGGAUCCUAGAGACGGAUGUGACCUUCCUCCUCAUCUUCACCCUCAUCUUCCUCCUCUCCUGCUACUUUGGUUACUUGCUGAAAGGCCGACAGCUGCUUCACACAACCUAUAAGAUGUUCAUGGCAGCAGCAGGAGUAGAAGUCCUCAGCCUCCUGUUUUUCUGCAUAUACUGGGGUCAAUAUGCCAGCAAUGGCAUUGGCAACGAGAGCCUGAAGAUCGUGGCCAAACUACUGUUUUCUGUCAGCUUCCUCAUCUUCUUACUGAUGCUGAUCCUGUUGGGAAAAGGCUUCACCGUGACACGGGGCCGGAUCAGCCAUUCAGGCUCUGUGAAGCUCUCCGUCUACAUGACACUGUACACACUCACACACGUGGUUCUCCUCAUCUAUGAGGCCGAGUUCUUUGACCCUGGGCAGGUGCUGUACACCUAUGAGUCUCCGGCUGGUUAUGGGCUCAUCGGCCUCCAGGUGGCCGCCUAUGUGUGGUUCUGUUACGCUGUGCUGGUGUCCCUGAGACACUUCCCUGAGAAACAACCGUUCUAUGGGCCGUUCUUUGCAGCCUACACGCUCUGGUUCUUUGCUGUCCCUGUCAUGGCCCUCAUUGCUAACUUUGGCAUCCCCAAGUGGGCCCGAGAAAAGAUCGUCAAUGGCAUACAGCUGGGCAUUCACCUCUAUGCACAUGGGGUAUUCCUGAUCAUGACCAGGCCCUCAGCUGCCAACAAGAAUUUCCCCUACCAUGUGCGAACCUCCCAGAUUGCUUCAGCUGGGGGCCCCGGGCCAGAAGGGGCCCCAUCAGACAAGUCCUUCCCUCAGCAUGUCUACGGAAACGUGACUUUCAUCAGCGACUCAGUCCCCAACUUCACGGAGCUCUUCUCCAUCCCUUCAGCAUCAGGGGCCAGCGUAAGCUCUGCCAUCCGGGUCCCAGCUACUCCCCCUGGGAGCUGGCUCCGCCCCCUGAGGACCUGGCUGCUCACUCAGGCUCCCCUCCCAGGCCCUGAGGAUGCCCCUCUCCCCUCCCAGCUCCUGGCCCCACCCCUAGAGUACCUCACUCCUGUCCCUGCCCCACCCCCACAGACCUCUGACCGCCUCACACCCAGGACCCCGAUGACCCCACCCCUAGGCUUCAGGAGCCCACCCCCACCCCUCCCAUCCUGGGUCCUGGCCUUGCUUCGGACCCCACCCCCGGCCCCACGAGUCCCCCCUCCCCCAGCCUUCCAGGUCCCCCCUCCCCCUCCCCGUUCCCCAGUCCUGGCCACUCGGCCCCUGACCCCACCCCCAGAAUUCAUCACACAUGACUUAACUAUGCCCUUAGAGUAUCUGGCCCCCCUCCCCACUCGCCAGGGGCGCUUCCUCACUCUCCCGGAUUGAGUCACCAGGGGUGGGGGGGGAGGGAUCUUUCCUAGGGAGGGGGGAGAGGAGACUUUGGGGACCAUAUACUCCCCUCCUCCUGUGAAUUCCCACCAGCAACUGAUCAUCCCCUCCCCUCCCUGAACCCUCCCCCUCCCCCCAGGCUGGGAAGCAGGUGGAGGAGACAGCGGCAGCAGAACCUCCAAGGGGCCGGGUGGUGACCAUGGCCAAGCAGGCCUCUCCACCCCCGGCCCCCGCUGGGGAGGGCCUGCCGCCCCCUUACCAGCUCCAUGCCCCCCAGAUCCACAGGCCUCACCCUGGCUUUCCUGAGUACUUCAGCGUCCAUACCAAUGCGGGGGCUGUGCCCCCCAUCUGAGGGCUGGCACCCCACAUACACACACAGCCCAGAGAGGUUUUAGGGGGGUGGGGGUUGGCCCAGCCUGAGUCCUGGGCCCCAACAGGCCUUGAUGGCCAGCAGCUUCCCUUCCCCACCCCACACCCAAUUCAGUACCCCCAACCCCCUCAUUUUGUGCCAAAUGGCCCCAGUGGGAGCCUCUCUCCCCCCACCCCUCCCUCCCCUCAGCCCCUACCCCGAAGGUCACCGAGGGACCCCAGCCUUCUCCUGCUCCGGGAUCUCAGACCUCCUUCAAGCCUGCAAGGAUACUGAGGUGCUUCCUCAAGAAACCCCAGGAUCCAAGCCCCAGGCUCAUCCUCGGCCCUUCAAGAUGCCAUGACCUCUGGCCUCCUGGCCCUCACAGUCUCCUGCCACAGGCUUUGACCCCUGCCCUCUGACGGAUGUUCAGAUGGAUUCUGACCCGGCAACCCCCCAGGGUGGCACGCAACCAGCAGUUGGCUUUUUUGUGGGGUGCCUAGGGGAGGGGUCCCUUUUCUUGCCAAAAUAAAAAAUGAGAACUCUAA